AUGGCGGGGGCCGGGGUGCUACCACUUGUCACCGCCUCUACCAUCGCCAACAUCAAUCUCCAUCACGUGCUGAUUGACGGAGGCGCCGGCCUUAACAUCAUCAGCUAUGCAGCUUUCAAGCAGCUGCAGAUCCCGGAGUUCGGACUGGACCCAUCACGCCCAUUCUCCAGAGUGGGCCUACAUCCCGUCUACCCGGUGGGGACCAUCUCCUUGCCGGUCAUGUUCAGAACGGAGGAAAACUUCCGCACAGAGAACGUUCAGGUCAACCUCCCAUUCAAUGCUAUUAUUGGCAAGCCGGCUCUGUACCGGUUCAUGGCCGUUGCCCAUUACGGGUAUCUGGUCCUCAAGAUGCUGUCCCCUGCAGGAGUCCUCACCGUGAAGGGUGACUAG